GACUUGUUGUAGUUGACAUGAGAGCGAAAAAUCUGCAGUGAUCCGGCUCAGCACAUCCUUCGUAAAGACCUUCUAAAAUUAAUAUAGAUUCUUCCUGACUAUUUCACGUACAUCAUUGACUGUAAUCCACAUUUUGUGUUAGGUAUUCACGUUUUUAUCUGAACCGGAAGACCUUAAAGAAAUCAAAGUUCGCAGGGAGGUGACAUCUGCUGACUUCAUUGAAUGAGGUUUAACACAAAUUAGCAUUUGUUUUGGUUCGAUACCCACAGAAAAUUAAACACGCCCAACUUUCAUUCAGAAGAAGCUGGACACACAUUCAUAUUAAUCUGCAGGUUAACGGUGACGAGCUGGCGCAGGUUGUGGGUUGUCCGUGGAUAAUGCGAGACAGUGGCGGUAGCCUGGCCCAGAACCGCUGGCAGGGAGACCUGGGUCUGACCGCUGUGGGGCAGGACGACACCGGAGGAGGUGGAAUUCCUGGAGACCACCUCAUAGUCCCAGUGUCAGGUCACAGUGUACCCAGCCCCAUGCACCUCAGACUAGGGCAGAAAGAGAAGGUGUGGACAGGCGAGUAUGUAGACGAAGAGGAUGAUGGGAUGGGUAGGAUCGAGGAAAUAGGCGAUGAGGAAGAAGAAAACAAUCUGGAUGGGGAGGAGGAAGAUGAGGGCGAGUUUGAGGGCAAGGCUUGGGAUAACAAUGAUGGGGAUGAAGAGGAGGAGGAUGUGGAAGAAGAAGGAGACCAGGCGGAGGUGGAGUGGGGAAUCCCAGACUUUCCCUCCCAGUCCACCCAGCACCCUCAUUCACAACAACACCAACAUGGACCAGAACAGAAGGCAGAAGAAGGUGGUGAUGUCAUUGUAGAGGAUACUGUUUCCCAGGCUGAAGCAGGGGACUUGUUCAGGUCCCACCUUAGCAGGUACAGGGCUCUGAGGAGGCUUAGGCGCUGGCAGCGUUUGCGAUCCCAUGGAGGCCUUGGAUUUCGGCUCACCCAGCACUGGAAGAGCUGGCGACAGCGGGCCCAGUGGGUAUGCUCCCAAGGGCACCGGUGGAACCGGAGAGGGCAAAGGUACAGUCUGUACGGCAAGCAGAGGAGGAUAAAAAGAUAUCCGCAAUCACCAGACACCGAUGGGGAUGAUGACAGCUAUGAUGAGAGGUUCACAGAGUCUGAAAGAGCAGAUAAACCGAUAAAUGGCUGCUCUCUAGACAAGCAAGAGGACAGAGGGAGACGGGAAGUGGAGGUCAAACCAGUGGAGCUGGCACUUACUGAGGAGCAUAUGAGUUGUGUGACUGGUAUUCUUGAAGAGUCUCUACAACAGUAUGGCAGUUUGAUCCCCAUUCAUGUGGAUGACAUCGUGGAGAAGCUUCAGGACAUCUUCAGUGAGAGCUUCUCACAGCCACAUAGGAAAGCAGUGGUCCAGCACCUAAUACAGUCCUUCCAGCGUUCAUCAGGAUCAGCCCUGGCUAAAAUAUUCAGAGUCAACUACAAACGCCACGUUCUGACCAUGGAUGACCUUGGCACUCUGUAUGGACAGAACUGGCUCAACGACCAGGUUAUGAACAUGUAUGGUGACCUGGUCAUGGACUCUGUGCCAGAGAAGGUUCACUUUUUCAACAGCUUCUUUUAUGAUAAGCUAAGGACAAAAGGCUAUGAAGGUGUCAAACGGUGGACGAAAAAUGUUGACAUCUUUCAGAAGGAUCUUUUGUUGAUCCCCAUCCACCUGGAGGUCCACUGGUCGCUGGUCAGUGUUGACAUUCCUCGUCGAGCCAUCACUUACUUUGACUCUCAGCGGACCCUCAACAGACGCUGCCCAAAGCACAUUUUUAAGUAUCUGCAAGCGGAGGCCAUCAAAAAAGACCAACAAGACUUUCUGAUGGGAUGGAAAGGCUUUUUCAAAAUGAAUGUGGGUCGUCAAAACAACGACAGUGACUGUGGAGCUUUUGUGCUACAGUACUGCAAGUGUCUUGCACUAGGGCAGCCAUUCAGCUUUGGUCAGCAGGAUAUGCCCCGACUGAGGAGGCAAAUGUACAAAGAACUGUGUCACUGCAAGCUCACCCUGUGACCCACCACCCCUACCCCAGCUUGCCAUCUCCACCUGCUCCCACCCACAACUCUAACAAGAUGGAGGGACAAUUAUAUAACAAGAAGAGGACAAGGGGAGCAAAUGAUUGACUGGAAAAAGAGAAACUUUUUAAAACUUUAUUUUUCUCUGCCAACAUCCAGAGAAACAACUUCUUCUAUUGUUGGUGAUGUCAUUGUUUCACUUUUUUGUCUCUCUUUGCUUCCCUCUCUCCACCCUUUGAAAACUCUGAUUUAAUUUCCAUGUCAUGGUUAUUCCUUUGUGGUUGACAGAGGCCAAGACUAGCUUCCGUUUUGGGAAUGUGCUAAUCUUUCAUCCUAUCGUAGUCCACUUGUGUUUUUCAGUCUGAAUGGGAGCAUGAAGACGAUCAUGAAGAUAUAUAAAGAAUCCAGUCUAGAUGCAGGGUUGGACCACAGUCACAUCUGACUUACUUUCAUGUAAGAUGCCUGAACACUUGAGUGCAGAGGUAGCGUGGCUGUAUGGCAAAAAUUAUUUGAACCAGUCUUUGUAAGCUUGUGGUUAAAUAGUACCAGUGGAUUUUCAUGCCUGCCAUCCAUCUAAUCCAUGCAAUAUGUUGUGUUCCAUUCCAAAUUGUCAGAAGUGUGAGAAACUCUCAGCUGAUACCUUUGAAACCAAGAAAAAAAACAACCUGCUGCAGUCAAUGUUAUGUUAACAAUGAUAUCUAUCUAGUUAGCACAUAAUUUCCCACUGCAGUGCAACAUGACAUUUUCAAUGUAUAAUAUUUAGUUAACAAUUUCCAACAAGAUGUUUAGAUGGAUUUAAAGUAAUGCUAAAAAUGGAACUUAGAAUGCAUAGUUGAGGCUGCCAUGUUGACGACAGAAAGCACAGUUUCGGUGUAUGAAGAGACGUUCUAGUGCAUCUUUCUGAGGAAAAUCACAAAUAACACAACAUCUUUGGAGUACGCCACAUAUUGACCCCUGUGCCGGAAACUUCCUCUGCCCCCCAAUCACUCUUCCCAGUCAUACAAACAUCUUUAUGUGGGAGACUGGAUCUACAUCCGUGGAUUAAUGCAAGCCAGAAUUAGAAUUAGACAAGCCAGAAUUACAUAUUGGCCCAAAGAAGGGGUACCUUUACAUUGCAUUUAUCCUUUUCUGUGUUUUAUCUGUGAGUAAAUGUGUUGAUAUGCUUAUUGCUUUAAACAAAUUGUGUUAAAAGGAGGACUACUAAUUUGUGUUAUUUUUGGAGUAAGUACAAAAGAGAUCCUCUGGUUAGUAUUUCGUUGAAAGUUUCAGAGCCAUUUUGGUGAGGACCACGACUUCUACGCAACAGAUCCAGUAUGUCUGCAAUAGAGUUACAGUACCCUCCUCUUCUUUUUAUAAUGAAAGACAAAUUUGUUUGUAGCUGUGUGUUUUUGAUUUUUUUUUCUUCUUGUUUUUUUAAACAUGAGUUGAUGCAACAGAGUUGACAGUUUUAUAUAUCUUCUACAAUGCAUUAUGGUUGCUAAAAAUAAAAAUACACGGUAAACAAU